AUGAAAGACAAAGCGGUGAUCACUAAUGAGAAUCAGUCCAAUCGCUUCAAUUGGGACGAGUUGUUGAUGAAUAUGACUAACAGAGGGCUUGUCAUCAAUACCUCGUCAGACAAUACAAGCCUUUGUAUCGAUCAGUUCCUGUUUGAGGUGAUGGCCGGACAAGUGGGAGAUCUCGUGGCGCCCGCAGAUCAGCCCUCGUCUACAGAGUGGCCAAUCGUUGUCCGACUCGGCUUUCCAUUGAAUGUAAAUCACAUCGAUUUGCAAUUGUCGGACAUUAGAGGCGAUCGGUUCUCAUAUAAGAUCCAGUAUUCAUCGGAGGGUCUUAUUUGGGAAACACUAUACGACUACACCAACUAUACGACAGCCAAUCAGCAAAGCCUGUACUUCGAGCCGAUAGUCGCCCAACAGUUCCGCAUUCGAGGCACUCAUCAGAUCCGUAUGGACUCCACGACUAAAGACUCUUUCAAUUCAAUCAAAUCGUUUCGAUGUUAUUAUAACCCAAAACAGAUGGCCGUCGAGCGGAUCGAUGGCCUCUUAGCCAAUCCGUAUUGGAUUAGAAACGCUAUACAACAACGCGUUUAUCACGACUCAAACACUACUGGACAACAAGAUAUGAAAUACUAUUCGAGACUCAUGUCGUCCAAUAAGCCAAUUAUCGUGGCGUUGGAUCAGCCGGUGAUGAUUGACUCGUUUGAGUUUGUUUUGUGGGACAAAGACGAGAGGGCUUACAGUUAUGUCGUCGAAGUGAAAGACGGCAACGAUUGGAUCAAAUUGGCCGACAAGUCGCAGGACGUGUGCCGUUCACUGCAGACCAUUGCGUUCAGUCGACGGCCAAUCAACUUGAAUCCGUCUCUUAUGCUGGAUAUCUCUUGCGGACGAAUUAGCGGUCCCUUCGGUCCCAACACACGGAGGCCAACAAUGUUAGCGGUAAAUGAGAUAUUCCUUCGGGGUUUCCACUCGACACUUAUAGUGUACUGUCCUUUAGAUUUGGGCUUUACUUUAAUCGCAUUCCUCUUCUCACACAUAGGUCUCUGCGCUCUGGUCUUCGGCUAUUCAAUAGUCGGUGCCUUCACUUUCCGGGCCAUCGAAGCGCCCAAUGAAUUGAACUAUCGGCAGAUCAUAACCGCCGAGAGGCUCCACUUCGCCGACACCGUAUGGACUAUCACUCAAAACAGUUCUGUACUCAAGCAGAAGGAGUGGUGCGAAGACGUGGCCAAAGAACUGGAAAAGUUGGAGAAAUCACUGGUCAUUGCAUUGAAAUACAAGGGUUACGACGGCAGAGAUGACACGAGCGAUGAGGACACUCUUCAGUGGAACUUUUUCGGUGCUUUGCUUUACUCUAUAAUCGUUAUCACAACCAUUGGAUACGGAAAUAUCGCACCAAAAACCAAGAUCGGAAAGUUGGUGACGAUUAUGUACGCCAUUGCGGGCAUACCUCUGAUGCUACUGUUCCUGUCCAACAUCGGCGACGCGAUGGCCAACUCUUUCAAGUUUCUCUAUUGGAAAGUUUGCUGUAUUUUAUGCAUUAAUCCCCGCAAAUACCGCAAACGCCGGCGCCGUAAACAGAGACACGUCCACCGAAUCGCCAUUCAGUCCUUGUCGGCCACAACUGGCGCCGCACCCGUCCAUCCCAUACCCAUUACUACAGCACCAGUACCUCAGUAUCAAUCGCUGCCCCGAAUGAACAGCAAAUACAUGGCUAAUAGACAGUCGCACAACAGGUCCAACAGUGAGCGAGACUUGUCGUCAGUUCCCAUUAUUUGCAAUAAGUAUGCGUUUCAAGUGAACGAGAUUUCGGUCAAUCACGUCGGCGACCCAACUCUGGUCGACAUAUUUGACCGCUACGGCGACCGACCCGUCGCUCCAUUUCAGAAUAGCAUAGGUCUCAUGCCUUUGGCCGGCGGGCAGUCGGGUGUCGGCGACGAGACUGACGACUAUCUGAGCGAUGAGAGCGCGGAAUCCGAGUCGGAGAUGGGGGACAUCCCUAACGUACCGAUCACUCUAUGCGUGGCACUAGUGGUGGGCUAUAUCUGCGGCGGGGGUUUCCUCUUCCAGUUUCUGGAGAUGUGGACCUUUUUGGACGCCUCGUACUUCUCGUUCGUAACCCUAACUACCAUUGGUUUCGGCGAUUUAGUGCCCGGAAGUGCUGUCUUUUCACGUGAAGACGCGCAGACCAUUCUCGGCAUUUGCGCCCUCUAUCUGCUCUUCGGUAUGUCUUUGUUGGCCAUGUCUUUCAAUUUAGUCAAAGAAGAAGUCACCAAAAAGAUCCGUUUCAUCGGAAAACGUAUUGGUAUUCUCGCCAAACACGACGACAGCGACAGUGACUCCGAUUGA